AUGUGUGAUGCUGCUCCAACAACCAUGCUAUACUGCUGGAAGUGUCCCCAGAAAAAUGACCACAUGUUUAAGAACUGUCCAUUGGCGGUGUGUGGAAACAGGUGUGGGGGACAGGGGCACUGGGGAAAAGAUUGCCCCAUGCCGUGCACCAUCUGCCAACAGAGUGGCCAUUACAGGAGGACCUGCCCGUCCUUCAACAUGGCCUCCUCUUCCUCCGUGAUCACCACCCCACCUUCCACGCCGUCCACGACUGCCACGACUCCUACACCGACUGCCACGACUACUCCUUCUUAUGGUCAUUGCUAUAGGUGUGGGGACUCUGGUCACUGGGCUCCCCAAUGUCCGACGGCCACAUGUUACAAGUGUGGAGGGAGUGGCCACUACGCCCGGUCAUGUGCGGUAGAUGUCACCCCCGCCGCUAAGAAGGUCAAAAGGGAACAACCUACUACAGAUGACUGGACCACCGAAGAUGCCCUGGUGAUCCCGUAG